AUGGCAACAUCUAAAGAAUGGCAGAAGAUGCUCAACGGUGAGCUCUACUGGGCCUGGGAUGCAGACCUGCAAGCCAACCGCCAGCGAUGCAAAGAAGCAUGCGACAAGUUCAAUCAAGCAGGUCAGGUAUCUCGACGUCAUAGGGAAGACGAGAAGCUUUUCACCGAGACGGAUCCAUUCGUGGACCCUCCGAUCUCUGUCGAUCACGGCUUGAACUUCAAAGUGGGAAAAGGCACAUUCCUCAACUUUAACCUUCUCGUGCUUGACACCUGCCUCGUCACAGUCGGUGAAAGGGUGCUUUUUGGUCCUAAUGUCUCUAUCUACGGCGCCAUCCAUCCCAUGGACCCCGCCGUGAGGAAUGGACUUGAAGGCCCUGAAGCUGGCAAGGAAGUGCAGAUCGAAGAUGAUGUAUGGAUCGGAGGUAGUGUCAUAAUCCUCGCUGGGGUCACGAUCGGGCGUGGAUGCACUGUGGGAGCUGGAGCUGUUGUAACAAAGAGUGUACCACCGUUCCAUUUCGUUGCAGGAAAUCCUGCUCGAAUCAUACGCAAGAUAGAAACAAGUAUGGAUCCUAACCAGCAGCCAAAAGAACUUGGGGCGGAGUGA